AAUUUAUUUAAUCUUAUUAAAUAAAAUUUAAAAUUUUAUUUAAUUAUUCAGAAGUAUGUUAGGUGAGGCCACGUAAUAAAAGCAUUCGGUGCCCGGGAGUCGGGGACGCAGGGAGUAUACUACUAUACAAACCCACACAUAAAUUCGAGUUUUAGUUGAGCAGAAUGGCAGGAGUGGUGGAAGAAGAAGAGGAGUUUUACUUGAGAUACUACGUAGGUCACAAAGGCAAGUUCGGUCACGAGUUUUUGGAAUUCGAGUUCAGACCCGAUGGCAAACUCAGAUAUGCAAACAAUUCCAAUUACAAGAAUGACACUAUGAUUCGUAAGGAGGUCUUUCUUACGCCUUCUGUGCUCAGAGAGUGUCGUCGCAUCAUUUCCCAGAGUGAGAUCAUGAAGGAAGAUGAUAGCAGUUGGCCAGAACCUGACCGCGUUGGUAGGCAAGAACUUGAAAUUGUUAUGGGUAACGAGCAUAUCUCCUUUACUACAUCAAAAAUUGGGUCGCUCAUGGAUGUUCAGACCAGUAAGGAUCCUGAAGGGCUUCGUAUUUUCUACUAUCUUGUUCAGGAUCUGAAGUGCUUUGUAUUCUCACUCAUUUCUUUACACUUCAAAAUCAAACCUAUAUAAAGAUCAAAGCACCUGCUACUUAUGACAGUUAUAUUAGAGAGCCUGUUAAGCAAGGACUAGCAGUCUGCUUUCCCCUUUUUAAGUUUUCUAAUUGUAUUUUCUCAUCAGCUAUGUUAAUGGUCAUUUGUAUCUUUGGACUAGAGAUUACAGAUUGUACAAUUGAUCGGGUUUGAAUUUGAGUCUCUAUUUUCUUUAUGUAUUAUUGUUGACAUGACAAUAUGACAAACUAUCUACUGAUCUACCAACACUUAUUGAGAUUUUAGUACAUAUAAGUUUCUUGUUGGUGAUGCUGUCUUAA